AUGUACAGCAAGACCUUUGUCUCCGCCGCCGCGGCGCUCGCCAUGGUCUCUGGCGUUGCCGCUGUGAGCUGUGAUGAUCCCACCGCCACUAUCGCCUCGGCUGCCGAUGCCACCACCGUCGCCAGCUGCGACUCCAUUGAGGGCUCCGUCGUCGUCGACUCCUCGUCCGGCAGCCAGAUUGACUUCUCCGGCUCGCUGACCAAGAUCGGAGGUGAUCUUAUCGUCCUGAACAACGGCGGCCUGAUCUCCCUGUCGUCCACCUCGCUUGAGUCGAUUGGUGGCGCGUUCCAGGUCAAGAAUGUCACUCUUCUGUCGACCCUCAAGUUCACUGCGCUGUCAUCUGUGGGUACCAUUGACUGGUCCUCGCUGAACGCCCUUGAGCAACUCACCUUCGGCACCCCUGGUGUCGUCUCCGCCAAGGAGGUUACCAUUGCCGAUACCUUCCUGAACACCCUGGAUGGUAUCAACGUGCACAGUCUCGACAAGAUGGACAUCAACAACAACCACCGUCUCACUGAUUUCACCACCGAGCUGAACAACCUGACCACUCUGCUCAACAUCAACGCCAACGGUCCCAAGCUCAGCGUUAACAUGCCCAACCUCAUCUGGGCUGCCAACAUGACCAUCUCUAACGUCACCAAGUUCUCCGCCCAGUCUUUGGAGUCCAUCAACGGAUCCCUCCGUUUUGACUCCAACUUCUUCGACACCUUCAGCGCCCCCAACUUGACCGAGGUUCAGACCGGUGACCUGUCGUUCGUCAGCAACGCCAACGUCACUAACAUCACCCUGCCCCUGCUGGAGAAGAUCGGUGGUGGUUUCACCAUUGCCAACAACACUGCCAUGGAGGAUCUGAACGGCUUCCCUAAGCUUUCCAUGGUUGGUGGUGCCGUCAAGCUCCGAGGUUCCUUCUCGUCUGUCGAGCUUCCCGCUCUUGAUGAUGUUCGCGGUGCCUUCGAUCUGUCCUCCACCGGCGAUAUCAAGACUUCGUGCGAGGCUUUCAGCUCAAAGGCCGGCAGUGAGAUCCAGGGCGAGUACUCUUGCACCAGCAACAACGCCAACGCCAACAACGACACCGACUCCACUGGUGGCGACAGCACCACGGACGAGAGCGCUGCUGGUGCUCUCCAAGGCAUGAGCAUGUCAUGGUUGGUCAGCUUGGUGUCGAUUGCCGGUUUCGUCGUCGCUUUCUUGUAA